CGAAUCACACAUGUUCUUCACUUAACCAAAAUGGCAUCUUUCAACGAUACAACGCCAUUCACUGUUCAGGCGGACCCUGGCACUGACAUCUGGAGAAAGCCCGGACACAACGCGUGGAACAUCCCAAACGUUCAUACUAGCACGGGUCCUCUUAAGAACUUCCUCUCAGUUCGCGUCACGUUCUCGGCUCCCUGGGCCCACUCUUACGACCAAUCUGGCGUGCUUCUUGUGCCGCGGCUAGCCUCAGAUGUAGCAUCUCCAAACAGUAAAUGGAUCAAGACGGGAAUUGAGCUGUACGAUGGCCAGCCACACCUGAGCACAGUCACAUGCGACCGGUAUGCCGACUGGGGCCUCUAUCCUCUGACCCUAAGCGAUGACGAGGAUGUGAAGAGCGUAACAAUUGAGGUUUUUCGAGACGGAGGCGCCCAAGGUAAGAACGCCUGGGUACACCACUUGCUGCUGGACAAGGAUGGAAACGUCAAGAGAAAGAUCCCAUUGAGGAAAAUUUGUUGGAUAUUUGUGGAUGAGAAUGAGGGCGAUUGGGUCUUGGAUGUCAGUCCGUUAGCUGCAAGACCCGAUAAAGAUGCCAAGGGUAAACUGAGAGUCGAGUUUGCCGAGUUUAAGGUGCAGUGGAGCUAGUAGACUGAGCAAAUGCCGGGUGUGCCAUGGCAAGAUGCCGAUUAGUUACCGCAUGAGUGACGAUCAAUUUACAAGGUUGUUUGAUAUGUCGAAGAA